AAUGAUAUCUUAAAGGGACAUAAUUGUCAAGAUCACUGCUGAAAUCUGAGAGAUAAAGUUCUACAGCUCCGUCGGCGUAUUGCAAUUGUAGGCUGGAAACAUUCGUAUUCUAGCGUUUAAAGGAAACGUUAUGCGAGUGGAAUUAUCACUAAAGCAUGAUAUUCAGAUAAUGCGCAACAUUCUGUGAUAUAUUUGUAAAUAUUUGUGCGAUAUAUUCUUCAACUUGAUUUCCGUAGAUAUGAAGUCGUAGAUAUAUUUAACUUCAACGUACUUGCUGAUUCAUUUUGGCGAUCUGGUUUUCGAGAAUUGCCUUAAAGUCCGUUGUGCUGAUUAUGCGCAAAGCGUUUGUUGUGACACAACUGUUGUAAAUUAUCAAAAAGAAUACAGAAUGGGACUGCGAAGAAUAUGAUAGCAUCCAGCUGCUGAGCGGUGGUGAACUUAUCGAUAUCUAUUACCAUAUGUUAAAGAAUGCAAUGGAAUCUUCAGCUUCGGAGAUAAAAAAUAAAAACAGCUUUGAUGGAAGGCUGUCAGAAAAUACUAGACAAAACCUUGCGGAGUUUUGUACGAAAAAUAAUGUAUCGGCAUUCUCCGAAGCACUAGCUGACCUUUUGACUCUUAUGGAAUGGCAUAAUGAAAAGAAGUCUCCUCAAGUACACGAGACGGCUAUAUAUAACGCUCUUUUGCAUCUGGAGAAGGCUGUGAACCAGUCAUCUGCAUGGGAAUUAUAUGGGAAUGAUUACGAUGGCCCUCUAAUAAAUAUCACAACGUUUGAAAUGAAUUUGAUGGAGCAGACUGUUUCCAUGUACAUAAUGAAUAUGCUGAAUGAAAAUGCUCUUCCAGUGCUAUUCUUUCCGUUGACUGAUUUAUGUAACCCAGAUGUCAUCGUAAAAUGGAGAAUUUUGGAGAAAAUUGCCAGUUUAAAAGUAACUGCUGAAGAAACUGUAUACAAGCGAAAGUUAUUACACUGUCUUGAUCAACGAAUUCAGUGUGAAGUGAAGAACUGGUUGACGAAAGAAUUGGAGAAAUUAAAGCUCUCUGGUAAAAGCACAGUUUUGAAGGAUACCGAAACCUUGACGAAAAUCGUAAAAGAUUUAAAAUCGUAUGUGACCAUGGCUAUUGACGUCACUGCUUCUGAGGGAACGCUAUUCGAGGAUACCGGAAUAUGCUACUUCGAAAGUGUGUCUCAAGCUGUGGAUGAGAAGCUCUAUCCAGUAUGUCAAGAAGUUAUGGAAUCUAUGGAUGUCUACCAACAGUGUCACCAAAGCUUCCACGUCAACAUGCGCGAUAGUUGUGCGGCUUCUCAUGCUUUAUACCUCCAACUCAAGAAACUGGUCCAUUUCUUAAAAUUUCCUCAAAAAUCUCCUAAACCUCUGAAGUUGGAAGACUAUAACAGCGUGUUUGCUAAAGGCUUCAUGAAUUUACUUCAAGUUUUACAGUCAGAGUGUCACAACAGGAUUAAAAGAGCAUUUGAAGCCGAAGCUAAAGAUAUUGGAACGAACGAAGAAAAAAUUCUCAGUUCUUCUGUGAUCGCUCUCAACUGCAUCUGUACGGUGAUUGAUGAAUGGAAACAUAUGGAAAUAGAAGACGAAGACCUCCAAAUUGCAUUUCUUGUUAAAGUAGCUGAUAUUGUUUGCGAUGGGGCUAAAAUAUUUGCUGAAGCAUUGGAACAUAAACUUGAAGUUUCAAAAUUACAACUAAAGGAUUUAGAGUUUACUAGAAAGGUAUGUAUUUUGGCGAACAGCGUGGAACACAUUCGAAAGUAUUUGCAAGAUAUUCCACAAAAAAUGCAGUGGACAGAACAUUUAGAUAAAAUUCACGCAGAACCUUCCAGUGCCAGCUUAAAAGAACAAGUCUUGAGGAUAUUGAAUCUCAUUCAUCAAUCCAUGGAUUCGCAUCUGGAACAAAUUAGGAGCCGAAUUCUUAAAGAGGUUGUAUCAAGGGUUCAUACACAAUGCGAUAAAUUUAGAUGUUCCUGGCUCGAAGGGGCAGCAACGAAUCAGUCGUUUGACAAAUACAUGAAUUAUCUUGAUGAACAGAUGGAAUCUCUGCACGAAGUUCUGCAAGAAGAUUUAUACCCGACGUUUCUUUCUUAUUUCUGGUCGUCGCUUAUGAUGUGCAUACAAAAUGAAUUUCAAGAAGGACAACCGCCUGAAUACGCAAAAACGAUAAAGCAAAACAUUCAAGAUCUGAAAGAAUAUUUCCUGCAUAUAAGUAUAGAAGAAUGGGAUGUACACAAACGUCUGUCCCAACAAAUUAUGGACGUACUUGAACUGAAUUCCAAGACUACAUUUGAAUUACAAUUGGAUUAUUAUUCUCAAAUAGCAGAAUCUAUCGUUUCUCCCGUUGAAUACUUAGGACACAUAGCAUUUCAAGCAGGCUAUAAGAUGACAGAAGCAGAUGCUAUUGAUCUUUAUAUAAAGGUGCAAAAAGGCCAGCGUUUACCUGCUCGAAAAUGUGAAAUGUCUGAAUUGAUUGUCAAGGUUGAACUUUGUCCCAACACAUUGUUCCCAAACCAGCUACCUUUGAAAUCUUCGCCAGUGACUGAAGAUUUGGACAAUCCUGUAUUCAACGAGCUUUUCCAGUUUUUCCAUUUGCCAUCUAAUGUACUAAGCGUGAAAGGAGCGGUCAUACAAGUCCGUGUUCUCAACCAAGAUAAUAGUUACAGUGCAGAAGCGGUUUUGCUACUCAAUCAGGUUCAAAACAUGAGUGGGUUCACAUCUGUAGAAUUCUUACCUGUGUAUUUAAUGCCACUUAGGAAGUUUGAUAUGAGCCAUAUUUCGUAUCAAGUUUUAGAAAGUCGCAGUCGAUGGGAUAAAGCCGCAAAGCAGUUCAUCUCCAGCAGGCUUAAAUCAGACAAAAGUCAGAAGAAAUUCUUUCCUUGCAUUCCUGGAAAGAACAUGAUGUGUAAUUUCGCCAGUAACAACUGACGUGUCCUUUCUUCGUCAUUUGUAGACUUCCUUUCAUCGUAAAAUUUGUACACUUAAAAUUAUAUGUCUAACUAUAUAAAUCAGAAUGUUCGAGGAAUACUACUAACGCAUCCAAUUAAAAAUACUAAUAUAUAAAGCUUGUUUGCACCUGCCA